AUGAGGCAAAGUGUCGAAUUCGCCCUUAGAAAUACCCCUUCGGCGUCCGGGGCGGCACGGGAAAGAUUCUUUCUUUCUUUCACUAUUUCUCAACUUCAUUACUUCUUUCUUUCCCUUCGUCUUUUUUAUUCAAUUCUUUCUUUCUUUCUUUUGUUUAAAUCUAUUCUUUCUUUCUUUUUCUUUCCGCUAAUGUUAUUUUUUAAUUCAGUUCUUUCGUCUUUCUUCCUUUUAUUUAAAUUCUCUGUUUCUUUCUUUCUUUCUUUCUUUCUUUUUCUUUCUUUCUUUCUUUCUUUCUUUCUUUCUUUCUUAAUAUUAUCUCUUCUUUCCUUCUGUUCGUCUUUUUUUUACGUCAAUUCUUCCGUUUUUCUUUCUUUUCUUAAUUUCUAUUUAUUUUUAUGCGAUCGUUCGAAUAACGAUAGGAAUUCGAUUUUUUCUUUCAUUCUUUCUUUCAAUCUUUCUUUCUUUCUUUCUUUUUUCUUUUCAUUCUUUCCUUCCUUCUUUCUUUCUUUCUUUCAAUCUUUCUUUCUUCCUUUUAUAGUUUUUCCCUUUCUCUCUCUCUUUUUCUCUCAUCGUCCUCCCUAUGAUAUCAAUUCCGUUUUUUCCUGUUACUCUCCAGUCCCUCCCCCUCUCUCUCUCUCACUCACUCACCCACUCUCUCUCACUCUCUCAAAUUCUCAGAUCUUUCUAGGAAUUUGUUGUCUUCGUUUUUGUAUAAGCUUCUGUGCGCGCCUGUCUAAAAUCUUUCCUGCUCUCUCUUUCUGGCUCUCUUCCACUCUGUCCCUCUUUCUGUCUCUCUUUUGCUCUCACUCUCUCUCUAUCUCUAUCUCUUUCUCUCUCUGUCAAUCGCGAACGUUUCUUUUCUCCUCGUCCCUUUUGCUUCUCUCUGUCUAUCUAUCUAUCUAG